UCUGCAAGUGGGGUCAAAAUACCUUCAGAGAAAUAUUCUUUCAAGUGAAACUCGUAAACCAAAAAAAAAUUUACACAAAGAAAGAGAGAUAUUUUUCAAGAACAUUAUUAUUACGAAAGCAGAACCAAGACAAGCAAUGGAUGAAAGUGGGAGUAGUCACGAUGCAGAGAGUAGCAAGAAGAUAGGUAGAGGGAAGAUAGAGAUAAAGAGGAUAGAGAACACAACAAAUCGUCAAGUAACCUUCUGCAAACGACGCAAUGGUCUUCUCAAGAAAGCUUAUGAGCUCUCUGUCUUGUGUGAUGCUGAAGUUGCCCUCGUUAUCUUCUCCACUCGUGGCCGUCUCUAUGAAUACGCCAGCAACAGUGUGAAGGGUACAAUUGAAAGGUAUAAGAAAGCUUGUUCCGAUGCCGUUAACCCUCCUACUGUCACCGAAGCUAAUACUCAGUACUAUCAGCAAGAAGCCUCUAAGCUUCGGAGGCAGAUUCGGGACAUUCAGAAUUCGAACAGGCAUAUUGUUGGGGAAUCACUUGGCUCCUUGAACUUCAAGGAACUCAAAAACCUAGAAGGACGGCUUGAAAAAGGAAUCAGCCGCGUCCGAUCCAAGAAGAGUGAACUUUUAGUGGCAGAGAUAGAGUAUAUGCAGAAGAGGAAAAUGGAGUUGCAGCACGAUAACAUGUACCUAAGAGCUAAGAUAGAACAAGGCGCGAGAUUGAAUCCGGAACAGCAUGGAUCGGGUGUAAUACAAGGGACGGCGGUUUAUGAUUCCGGUCUGUCUUCUUCUCCUGAUCAGUCGCAGCAUUAUAACCGGAACUAUAUUCCGGUUAACCUUCUUGAACCGAAUCAACAAUUCUCCGGUCAAGACCAACCUCCUCUUCAACUUGUUUAAGCUUUAAUCAUGAUUAAAACUUCUUUCUCCCCCUCCCCCUCCAAACGUUUUUCAGAGAGAGAGACAAAGAGUAAAUUAUAUUUAUGCGACAUUCUUAUUCAUAGUUAAGGUUCCAAUAAUAAUAAAAACAAAACUCUUGUUCCUA